AUGGCCCCAAACAGGGAACUGCACAAAUUCCCCAAAGGGGAGCGUUGCGAACACUGUGGUUCACGAAAAUGGUAUUUGGAGAAUGGUCUUCGAUAUUGUGCAAAAGAAGGCCACCAGCUCGAGGGCUAUGUUGAGUUCGAUCUCGGUGAUGAAGACUUUGGCCAGAAGGGAAAAGUCUCCCGGAAAGAGAAGCAAAUCAAAGAGCGCGUGCGACGUGUCCUCACCGGCCCGCCUGCACGAGAUCUGUAUCUCGAAUGCCUUCAACUCAUACUGAGGGAACAGGUGAUGUGGUUGGUCGACGUCGAAGGUCACAAGGCAGAGCUCGAGACAGUAGUUCGCGACCUUUGGGAUCUCCGCAUACGAGGAGCCGUGAGUGCUGUUGAGAACGACUCUGCUUCAGAGGCCGAGCUCUCCCUCUUCAGCUCCCAAAUCGACCUCUCGCAGGACGAGCAACCUAGCAAUCGCACACAGGGAGCACAGAACUGGACCCCCGAGAGUGGGAGCGAGUGGCCCGCUCCGCGACUGAUGGACACUCUAGCGCUCUGCUUUCUUGGGUGCAUGCUUCUCAGAAUGCCGACACGCACAGGAGAUUUGGCUAGGUGGGCGAGAGCGGGAAACAUUCCCUACAAGCAUAGUUAUCGGAAACUGCCCCAAGAGAUGCGUGACCGGUUACCAGCAUACUAUUCAACGGUAUUGAAAGCAGCACACUUGGCCAAAUUUGAUCAUGGGGAGCUGCAUGCUGCCGUACUGAGUCUCGCUCUGUCGUUUAAUUCCAACUACGGCAUAGUUUUCCCUCCCCUAAAUGACGUCCUGAUGACAUUGCAGUACGUCCGAGAGCUUGGACUGCCCAUUGAGACGAUAUCGGUUGCUCGCAGGAUACCACUCAUCGUCAACCUGCCGUAUGAAUUUCCAUUAGGCAAGUCUCGACUGAGACUUAUACACCAGCCUGAAAUUCUGCUUGUUGCCGUCAUUGUUCUCACGACCAUCCACUGCUUCCCCCUCGAGGAAUCCAAGUCGCCGGUGCAAGAAGGAAAGCUUUUCUUGAUACCAGACUUCAAGUGGGAUGAGUGGCGGACGUCCAUGGCGCCAGCAUUGUCCCCAGAAACUGUUCCCACCGUUGAUUACCUUGGUGUAACGGCUUCACACAUUACGUCGAUGGCGCAAGCAGAGCUGGAUGAGUAUUUUACUCAGCUGUCAAUGCUCACAGACGCACAGUCGGAGGAUUCAGUGCUCGCCAGGUACUUUCCAGUUGAUGAACUGCCGCCCAAGCAACCGCCAUCUGAGGCCCCUGAAGAUGAGAUAGAGGAAAGGUUACGCACAGUUCAAGGACGGGCUGCGUCGUUCGCCGUCCAAGAAACAAUGGAAGAGGAGGGUCUGAAAAAGAACAGACAAUACUCCUACAGGUCCGAGGAAGAUCUGCCCCCUACGGGUAGGGAUUUCUUCCGGCUUGCUGGCCGUCUCUCUGGUCUGUCAGUCAGGCUUUUUGUUUUUGAUCUCGCCGUGAACACCGUUCUCAAGCCCGCCCCACCAUCAGUUUGCCGCGAUCACCAGAACUUCUUCGGUAACAACAGCCAGUUCGCGAGAGGUCGGCAAGAUGCAGAUGUGAGCAACCCCGAAAACAAGAUUUACCCGCCGCGAUUUCCUCCUUCCGUGCGACGACCGCUAUCCCGAAAACGCCGAUGGACUGACGAUGGUGGCUACAGUUUCGUGAAGACCCUGACGGGUAAGACCAUUACCCUUGAGGUCGAGUCCUCCGACACGAUCGACAAUGUCAAGUCCAAGAUCCAGGACAAGGAGGGCAUCCCCCCCGACCAGCAGCGCUUGAUCUUCGCCGGCAAGCAGCUUGAGGACGGCCGCACCCUCUCCGACUACAACAUCCAGAAGGAGUCCACCCUCCACCUGGUCCUCCGCCUCCGCGGUGGUAUCAUCGAGCCCUCGCUCAAGGCUCUGGCCUCCAAGUUCAACUGCGACAAGAUGAUCUGCCGCAAGUGCUACGCUCGUCUCCCUCCCCGUGCGACCAACUGCCGCAAGCGCAAGUGCGGUCACACCAACCAGCUCCGCCCCAAGAAGAAGCUCAAAUAG